AUGCCUUCACAUAUCGCACUUAUUGUUGCUAUUACUUCUGUGAAAAACAGUCGCUCGUGUUCUUACGGUUACGCUAAGUACAAAAUUUCUGACGAAACAUCCCAGACAAUUAGAUGGAAAUAUUUCUUCCCUACAAGCGAACAACCUCAACUAUUUGCGUCUGGUGACCUUGUAUUUAUUUCGGGAAAAUAUGUGGCCGAAAACUCUGAGCAAUGUAUUACUAUUACGUACGCAAGCAUAAUUGAUAAUAAAAAUCCUAACCGUGAAUUCGAUAUGAGAGACGUCCCUAUAUGCAUCCCUCAUUGCAUGUUUUCCGUAAUCGUUAAUCGUAAUCCAAAAGAUGUUGAGGAAUUUAUCCAUUUCGGUGUGGAAAGUACUGAGUAUAAUGCCGUCACCGGCACAUCAAAUGUCAAAAUGCAAAUGACAGUUCUGUAUUCCUCUCAGUCUUCUAGAUUUAAAAAUUAUCUAGGUCCGUCGGGCUCGAACAUCAAAUUAGGGAAUACUUAUUUUGUAUCAGGGCUCAUUAAAUUCUCGACAACUGGUAAAAUGGUUAUCGAGGCAACAGAUAUCGAUUAUUUUAAAACCCUGACUUUGAACUACAAUGCUUCUGAAAGUUCAUCCUCAACAAUUCCUAGGUCUCGAUCGAUUAUUGAUAUUGUGACGGAUGACAUUGAAUCCAUUACUAUUCAAACACCGCUAAACCAUAUUAAAUCAAUGGCUUCCUCGGUCAAAUCCGAUAAUAUCAAUGCUUCUAAAUCAUCAGAGACUUUCUCAAGCAUUAUAGAUGCUAAUGUCGAAAUUAACUCUUCUCGUAGAAGAAAAAAACUACCUCAACCAGUUUAUCUUGAUUCAGAUGCUCAGGAUGAGGAACGAUCGGAUUGUGAAGAUCUUAAUAAAUUGGUUAAUGCCGAAAAUACACUGUGUAAGGAUGAAGAGGAAGACGAAAACUUACAACCCAAGAAACGAAAGAGGA